GUCAGCCAGGGUUGUCGGGCCAGGGCGCACGGGAGCACGCCGCACGGACUCCGCGUGUCGUUCGUCCGCGGCACAGCCCGCCAGUCCGACGUCGACCAGCGCGCCCGCCGCCCGCCGCGCCCGACGCGCUCGCUCGCGCGCUACCCAUCCAUGGACUACGAUCGACCAAGCGAACUCACACUUUAUUUUAUAAUCACCUCCUUAGCACCCUCCGAAACCCUCACCACAACCAUCGAACGAAUCCUACGAGCUUAAUAUGACAAUGAAAAGUCACUUGCGAGAACUUUUGUCGACUUUCCAAAACUCUUAGUGAUCGUCAUUGCCCGCUAGAAAAACCCGCUUCAAAGUUGUUUUAUUAUUCAAAAAUGCUUCUCAGAGUAAAAUUAUAUCGGAACCUAUUUAUACACAAGAAACGACUGAAAUUUUCUGAUUGCAACCUUUGAAAAGUUUACACACGGUUUAUGAACUAUUUACACUGUUUUACAAAUAGUUUUGGACAUUACUUUUAUCCUUCGUAAAACUACCCCUAGAACAAUAAGCAACUAUGACCAAAGACAUUAAAUAAACAUAAGUUUAGUGUGUGUUUUAAAUCUUUAAUUAGAAGUGUUGAAAGACAAACUAUUCAGUGUGUUAUCAAUAGAUUAGUAGAACUGUAAGAUUAUAUAGUGGGUGUGUUAGUGUACUUUUAAAAUAAUUUCAUCGUAUCCUACGGUUACUCAUAACUAAAUUGGUUGAAGAUUCGUUGUACGGAAUUGGCAGACAUUACACGAAGAAACCUUCCUACCCCUACCUAAUAUGGCUCAAGAUCCCUUCCAUAAAACAUUCCUUGAUCGCUCUUCAACUUACAUUGUAGUACGCAAAAGGCAACUUAACAUUUAAAAACAUUCCAAUCGACGUUAACUUUGUAACUUAUUCCUGUGUAAAUCGUGUCCCGACAACUUUACUCCUCGUAAAGUACUGAACAAAGUUACUUGCCACUAGAUCUUAGUAGUAGCUCAAUCGACGCGCGUAAACCUCUUCGGAGGGCGCGAGGGGCCUGCGCGAUGCGGUCUCGCCAGGGAUGUACGUAAUAUAUCCUGCGGAUGAAGUAGUUUCCCUGACAUACAGCUCGCAAUCGCUGCCUCGGCCACGGCAGCGGCCUACGCUUGACAUUAUCUACGGGCCGCCGCCGCGAGCGCCGUACAGCGCGCUACCCCUGCCCCGCACCCCCACCCUCUCUUGCGACAAAACCCACCUCAAAACGGCGCCUCCGGAGCCUCCAGAGCGCGCGCCGGCAUCGCCGACGCCGUCGCUCGAGCGCCCAAAGCUGCGCGAGCGCACCAAAGCGAAGCUGCUCAAGAAGCUAGGCCGCCAUGAGGAUACUGAAUUCGGCAAAAUUGUUAGGACCCCCGCUCCCGAUGAAUUCGAAUUGCCCGCACCCCUUCCCACUCCUGCGUUCUCCAGAAAGAACAUAUUCGAUCGCGACUUCGAUGCACUGUUCGAAGUCGCGAACUCACCGCAGUUUGGUGCACAUAUCCGAGUCACUACGCCGGAACCAGAUCGCCGAUCAGAUCUUUCGGCGGCACACUUUCCGACACCAACAGCGUCUACGCUGAGCCUCCUUCCACCACGGCCCCAGUCUGAGCCGAGUUCCUCGCCCGCGACCUCAGCUCGCACGUCCACGCCUUCGACACCGACACCACAACGUUCGUCUACUGAAGGUCCACCUAAGCCGAAGAAAGUUAGUUUCUUCCGUAAGCUGAGUAGAGCGAGAGAGCAGUCGGUGCCGCCGCGCUCUACCAACAUGCAGCAGCAACCGUCUGUUGAGAUGGCUUUGCGAGAACUCACGCACCCGACGCAUAAUGAACAGCUUAAGAAUCAACAGCAAGUUACCUUCAAACUGGUGAAAACAGUGGCUGACUUUACGACGCAACUGUCCCAACUUUACGAGCACCACUCCACGGAGCUGCAAGUCCUCGUCGCCAGUUUCCGUAAAAGAAGCAGCGAACUGAGGAAGGAAAGAGCAACAUGUCCAUCAUCACUGUUCCACACUUGGGAGACGUUACUCCAGGAGGUGGAGGCUGACGUCAUAGGGUUCAACAAUGCAGCACAGUCCUUGGAGAGACUGGUCUCCACACCGCUCAUAGAACGGACCUUCCACAUGAAGGUCCAGGCUAGGAAGCUGUUCGCACAUCGAGAGGGCUGCGAAGUUAUCCUCGGGAAGGCUGAUGACCAACUGAAUAAGAGUCGUCAAGAUUACAGAGGAGCUUUCUUGAACUACUGCAACAACCCGACGCCAGCGACGUUAGCCACGUACUAUGACUCCCACAACACGUACGUGCAGCAACUGACAGCCACCAACGCCAUGCUGGACCAGUACCAUAAACACACUCUUCCUACAAUACUACAGGAAUUGGAAGAAAUACUGACUGAUGUUACUUCAGCGGUGAGCGAAGCGAUCUGUCAAGAAGGAGAAAUUAUAACUGAUAAGAGCAACAACCAGCUUCGCCGCUACGAGUCUCUGUGUGCUCAAGCUCGCGCAGUGUCCAGCACAGCCGACUUGGCACACCUGGCGAGGACCCUGCUCACUGCCACGCCUCCCAUGCGACCACCGAAGAGGGCAUUCCUACCACCAUACCCACCAGACGCUGACGACCCACCCCUGGACGUUCCCGCGGAAAGCAUGCCUCCUAUUCUACGUGGAGAAAUACUUCUGGACCGGAUGGGCGGACAAGCGCGCGUCAACUACGAACAGUUGAAAAAAGACGCAAUGGACUUAGAAAUUCAAAUCAAACAGCUACAAGAAAGUCUUGAUCAACUGGGUCGACAUCAAAGCAGAGGUAUCGAAAGUAAUCUUUACAACAAAGUAAACGAAAUACAGGAAGAUAUAUCUGUAAAGAAAUACGACUACAGAGCAACGCAACUGCAUCUAGCCGCAGUUAGAGCUCAGAGGGAGCUGUUUGCGGCGAAGGCAGAUAGCGGAGCUGCGGCAGUCGACCGAAAGUUGUCAUCAUCAUCGGCUGGAAGCAUGAAGAAUAAGUGGUUAAAGGCUUUCCGAAGCCUGAAGCCGCCCAGCGCUCCCCCACCCCAUGCUGCGCCACCAGACAAAAAAAAUCAAAUGUACCACGCGGUGUCGACGGUAAUGGCAAUGAGGAGGAAUGGAGCGGCAAGAGACGCAAUGCGCGCCGGCGGAGAUUCCGAGGCACAUAACUUUCAAGAAUACACCUACAAGAAAAUCACGCCUUGCGAUGUUUGCUCACAAGUGCUACGAGGUCACACUCGCCAAGGGCUUCGUUGUCGAUUAUGCAAAUUGAACGUGCACACUGACUGCAUGCCACAAGUCGGCAGGUGUCAGACCAAAUCUCGACUCCUGCGCCGACAGAAGAGUACUUCCGAGAUAGAGUCACACAGAGUACUGGAAACAGCCUUCGACGAUGAAAAGGAGGAAGUGGAUCAGACCUACCAAGUUCUGAAGCGGGCCAACGAAAUUGGGAAGCCGGGCGGCGGCGGGGAAUCGCGCGGGGGACCUGUAGUACGCGUGUCGGCCCCGGACGAGACGCCGCCCGCGCGCUCACCGGCGCGGCCCUCCGCAGGCCUGGCCGUGGCGCCGCAGCCCGUCUCCUCUAGCUCAGGUUCAAUGAAGAAUUCGAAGAGUGCCCAAAUGUUGAGGCAAGCAGACCGCACCAGUCCCUUACCUGCGCCGCAUUCUCCGAGACGUCAAAAGUUGAACCUUAGGAUGAAGAGUUUGUCGCUGGACUCGCCGGAGUGUGGUGAGCUGAGACGGCGGCCCGCGCGCGACCAGACCUCGCAGGGCAGCCGCGUGCUAUGUAACUGCAGAGCAGUUUGCAUGAGGCAUGGCUUUAAUAGAAUUAAUAACUACGCGAUUCAUAGUUACACUCGUUCAUCGCCGUCAUCGCCAGUACACAGCCGAAGGAUGCUUACUGCUCGAGUGGGACGCAUGAGCAGUGUGGAACUACCAGAUGAGCCAGACAAGAGCCUGUCUUCUAACAGCGCCAGCCCGUGCCCUUCGCCAGUCAAGCAGAUGAGCAAACAUCAACGCCUUCUGCCAACUAAUCUGUACGUGGUCCUGUACAACUUCAAGUCACGUCAUGCCGAUGAACUUGACCUUAAGGCGGGCUACAAGGUCACCGUGAUCGACACUUCGGACCCCGACUGGUGGAAGGGCAAAUGUCUCGGAAAGAUUGGAUACUUCCCCUCCAAGUACUGCACUAAGCUUCAAGCUGGAGAGAGGGCUUUGCAAGUCACACAUAAUCUUCAGGUGUCAGAUGGCGACACAGGUAUGAUGUUGCUCCGUGACCAGAUCGUGAUCCAAGUGGGUGAGGAGGUCGACGGCAUGAUGCUGAUCCGCUCCGGCGACAACCGCCAGGCGGUGUGUCCGGUCAAAUUUCUACAGGAAGUGUGACGCUUCAAGCUGCCCAAUUUCGAUUUUAUGAGAAAACGCGGCUCCCUAACUGACGAAACGAUACCAAUACGAUCUAUACCAAAAACAGUCCGAAGUGCUCCUGUAACGCCAUGCGACAGCGAGACGUCUACGUGGUCGGAUCGGAAUCGUAGCAAGCACGGCUACGACUUACCCUCAGGAUACGCUACGAGCUACGGUAACUACGAAAAACCUAGCUACUCCUAUGAUAAAUCAGGCUACGAAGCGAGCUACGAGGCUUCCACUUCUACGGCAUCGGGGUCGCAAAGUAAAGGAAAUUACGAUUCGGGGGUUUACGAGAAGGAUUACGACACGUCGUACGACAAGGCGGGAUACGACGCGUCGUACAGCAGGGGGGCUUACGAAGGUUCUACAGGGUACGACAAGGGGAACGAGUCGGGCUACAAGCACGGCGCGGGCUACGAGGCGGAGGGCGCGUGGUGGCGGCGCGGGCUGGGCGCGCGGCGCGCCUGCGGCCGCUGCGGCGCCAGCUCGGCCUCGCGCCCGCUGCGCAUGGCGCCCUGCGCCGCCUGCAGCGGGGCCGCGCAGCCCGCGCCGCGCCCCGUCAUGUCGCGCGACCGACCAUUGCUUUUCGUUAAGCAACUCUUUUUGUAAUUUUUAUAACUAUGUAUUUCGCUAAUAUCAAUGUAUUUCGUUUUCUUUCAGUAGUAUAAGUUUCGAUUUUUUGGUAAGCUUCAAAAGUGGCUAUUCGAAUUUAAGUAUACAAUAGUAUUUUGUCAUUUUGUAACUUCUUUACUUAUAUAUUGUAUUUGUACGCUUGUGUAAAGUUGAGUUUUUAAGUAAAUUGGGCUUAUUGCAGUAAUGAUUAGGUAUGACACACGGCCUACAUAAAAUAUUACUUUUGGUAAUUUUCUUAAUCUCCCAAUUUACAUAAUUUUGUAACAUUAUAUAAAUUAUAUGUAUAUUAUACACAUUGUAUUACGGUCCAUUUACGAAAAUUACUUGGCUACAUAUCAUUUUUUGAACAAUGUGAUUUAAAAUUUAAAUUAAUUUAAUUGGGAUAUAAAAUAUAUACUAUUGUAUUGGAUAAGACUUAUUUACAAAAAGCGUGAUCUACAAAGAGAUACUUUGCACAUUUAAUAAUUAUAUGUUGUCAAUAAAUUUAAAUGUUUCGAAUGCUUAAAGCUAACCACAAUAGUGUCAGAGUUAGAGAAGAUAGAGAAGAGUUAGAGAAGUGAUAAGAGAAUAUUGGUGGUCGAGUAAAGGAGAGAUAGUAUGUAUAAUAAUAUUAGCUUAUCGAAGUUUAGAUUAGAGCCGCACGUCGUUUAAGUUAAAUAUGUACGUGUAUUAGUUGAUUGCAGGAAUGUUUAGUUUAGACUAGCCCUACAUCGUAGACUUAGCCUGUGACAUUUGAUAAGUAAUUAGCUUAUGUACCGUGGAAUGGUGCCCGUACUAUUUAUUUACACUAUAUUUAACGAUACAAUGUAAGUCGUUAGUCCAUCGUUAUCAUAAUUGUCUCAGACUGAUAUCCCUUUCUAUAAUCUAUUGCAAGUUUGAGUCUAUAAUGUAAUUUUUCUUUCAAAUGUGGCUUUCUAUUUG